AGCUCGCGCGGACCAGCACGCUGGUUAGCUGUACGGGUGUUUUAUUCUGGUAACAGAGAUCAGUGUAGUUGUUUGUGGGGGAAAAAGUGUUUAUUUGCUUGUAUGGAUAAAUAUUUUGUUAAAUAGAAUGUUUGUCGAAAGGUUUUCUGUUAUGCUAACUAUUAGCAUUGUUUACAUUUAACGCCAAACAUUUUUCUUCGAACGUCUUCCGGAAGGACCGAGUGUUCCAGUAAAUGUCUUCCCUGGAAACAACCGAGUCAAGCGCUUUGGUUCCGUGUAAAAUCACGAUAUUUUUUACAAGUUUGUGAUUUAGAUAGCGUUUUUUUUUUUUUUUUUUUAAAAAGCUAAUUUAUUUAGAUACACAAACGCAACAAACUUGUAGUGUAGAACAGUAUAUUUUAUUUAAAAAAUAAAUAGGACUGUAUGGAUCUUCUCACAUGCACUUGAAUAGUUUAAUUUAGUAAUUUAAUAAUCCCAUAACAAUCAAUAAUAAGUCAGUUAAAAGCAUUGCGACUAAAUUAUAAUGUAUUCUAGUGGGUCAAAUGAAUAUGACUAUGGGAGCGUGUACGUUCGUGAAAAAGGAGAACUCCACUUUGUAAACCGCACAGGAAACGUGCCUCAGUACUCCAGACCGAAAUCAUCGUAUAAAUUAUUCCAGAAAGAUUUUUCAGUCACGCUCUGUAUGGACGGUUUCCCACCCGCCAAAUACAGAAAGAGAAACGAUCACUUUGUCUUCACCUACAACAGCGAAGGGAGUCUGCGAUACACCGUGAAAUCGCUGCUUGAUCUAUCGUUAUUGUUUAUCGCUGAUAAUAUCGAACAUGUCGAUUCCCUGAUCGGUUUCCCUGAAGAAAUGGCAGACAGGUUGUUCACAGCGGCUGAGGCGAAACUGAAAUUCGCAGAGCCUUCUACCUCUGCGAGGAGGUUACAGGUCUUUAGUGAGGCCUACGGAGAACUUGUGUUAAAGUCGCUAUGUUUGAGAAACAGGUGUCUCUUGCUUUCAGAAAGGAUAGAAGAGAUUCGAGUAUUUCAUUGUUUGGAAUCUCUGGAUCUCCACGGAUGCAGGUUGGGUGACAGCCACGACUUUUUCACUCAUCUAACAUCAGAAGCGUGUGCCAGGCUUGUAACAUUGUUCUUGGGAGCAAACUGUCUGUCGGAUAAAGGCUUGCAGAGACUGACGGCGCCGAUCCGAGUGAUGAGAAGAGGCCUGGAGAACCUGCAACACUUGGACCUGUCGACAGGUAAUCCACUGACGGAGAAAGGACUUGGAUAUUUAAUGUGUUUUCAAAAACUGCGUGAGCUGAACAUCUCUGACACGAACGUCAAGGUGGACUCGUCGCUGAAGAGUUUCUUCAGGAGUAAGAUGGCGAUGGUCGUUUCGGCGUCGCCGCUGCAGACGUUCACACACUCGGAGUGUAAAACCGAGGGCUGGGCCGAGGAGGUAAUAAACCAGUGGGAAACAGCAGCUGCAGAAUCGACCGAGAGAAAUCCAAAGGCAAGAACAAACGCCGUCUGGUUCUAUGGAAGGGAGAAGUUUGUGCGAGAGAGAUUACACUCUACAUGGAACGAGUCCCAACGUGAAGAGAAGACAAGCGUCAUCCACUUUUAUAAGGUGGACCAUCAGGCUCCGUCUCAACACGGCACAGAUACACACACACAGUCUGGAGAGAAGAGGAAGUUCUCCACGGAGCAGGAGGACCGCAGUAACACACACUCGGCAGCCAAGCGCUCUGCGUCUCCGUGUUUAUCAGCCGAGGACUUGGACCUUCUCAAUAGUUACUGACCAGCAGCUACACAAGUGUGUGUGUGUGUGUGUGUGUGUGUGUGUGUGUGUGCUUUAUAUGAAGCAGGAUGAUGGGUUUUAUAACUACAAUAAAAUGUUAUUACUAUAUAAUAAAUGUCUGAUAA